CCUCCAUGCCCCUGGGUCCUGGCCUGCGUUCCAGGUGGGAUGCUAUGGAAUAUGAUGAGAAGUUGGCCCGGUUCCGGCAGGCCCACCUCAACCCCUUCAACAAGCAGCCUGGGCCGAGGCAGCAUGAGCAAGGGUCUGGGGAGGAGGCCCCGGACGUCGCUUCUGAAGAGGCCCCACCUGAGCUGCCCCCCGAGGAGCCAGAGUUUCGCUGCACUGAGCGCGUGAUGGAUCUUGGCCUGUCUGAGGACCACUUCUCUCGCCCUGUGGGUCUGUUCCUGGCCUCUGACAUCCAGCAGCUGCAGCAGGCCAUUGAGGAGUGCAAGCAGGUGAUUCUAGAGCUGCCUGAGCAGUCGGAGAAGCAGAAAGAUGCCGUAGUGAGGCUCAUCCACCUCCGGCUGAAGCUCCAGGAGCUGAAGGACCCCAAUGAGGAUGAGCCCAACAUCCGAGUCCUCCUAGAGCACCGCUUCUACAAGGAGAAGAGCAAGAGUGUCAAGCAGACCUGUGACAAGUGCAACACCCUCAUCUGGGGGCUCAUUCAGACCUGGUAUACCUGCACAGGGUGUUAUUACCGCUGUCACAGCAAGUGCUUGAACCUCAUCUCCAAGCCCUGCGUGAGCUCCAAAGUCAGCCACCAAGCCGAGUAUGAGCUGAGCAUCUGCCCUGAGACAGGGUUGGACAGCCAGGAUUACCGCUGUGCCGAGUGCCGGGCACCCAUCUCUCUGCGGGGUGUGCCCAGUGAGGCCAGACAGUGUGACUACACUGGCCAGUACUAUUGCAGCCACUGCCACUGGAAUGACUUGGCUGUCAUCCCUGCGCGUGUCGUGCACAACUGGGACUUCGAGCCUCGCAAGGUGUCUCGCUGCAGCAUGCGCUACCUGGCACUGAUGGUGUCUCGGCCCGUGCUCAGACUCCGGGAGAUCAACCCGCUGCUGUUCACCUACGUGGAGGAGCUGGUGGAGAUCCGGAAGCUGCGCCAGGACAUCCUGCUCAUGAAGCCGUACUUCAUAACUUGCAAGGAAGCCAUGGAGGCUCGUUUGCUGCUGCAGCUCCAGGAUCGGCAGCAUUUUGUGGAGAACGACGAGAUGUACUCCAUCCAGGACCUUCUGGACGUGCACGCUGGCCGGCUUGGCUGCUCACUCACCGAGACCCACACACUCUUCGCCAAGCACAUCAAGCUGGACUGUGAGCGGUGUCAGGCCAAGGGCUUCGUGUGUGAGCUCUGCAGAGAGGGUGACGUGCUGUUCCCGUUUGACAGCCACACGUCUGUGUGCACCGACUGCUCAGCUGUCUUCCACAGGGACUGCUACUACGACAACUCAACCACGUGCCCCAAGUGUGCCCGGCUUAGCCUUCGGAAGCAGUCACUCUUCCAGGAGCCAGGUUCCGACAUGGACGCCUAGGGCUGAGGAAGCGCCGGGCACCCUGCCAGCAUCGCCAGUGUCAAGUUGUUCGCUCUGCUCUAGAGACCCCUGGGAUGCGGCUCCUGGACCUUCCACCCCUGCUGGGAUGGAGGGGGUGGGCAGUGCCCACAAAGACAGUCGUCCCUAGGUGCUGGCUGGGACUCUGGUGGCUGCACCUAGCUGUUACCUGGAUAUGCUGCUGGGAGGGGUCAUGAUGUGGCCCACGCCUGUCUCCCACAAGGGCAAGAGUGGGGAGGAUGUCUUCCCUCCCCCAUGACACAGCCCUCCAUGCCCUGGGCCAAGGCGUCUGGGACUGGAGAUGCCAUGGCUUCUGUCCUGGUGAUCUUGGAAAUUCACCAGGCCAAGACCCCCAGAGGGCUUCAGAGGAAGGGUAAGACUCGAAGAUGUUGGCUGCACAAACCCAGCCCAGCCGAGAUUCACCUGCAAUGGACGGCAUGGGUUCCACCUGGAGUCUCCAUCCUCUUCAGUUACUGUCUCUUUGGGACUUGCCUCUGCCCCGGCCUCCGGAAGUUCUUCUGAGUCCUCAUGAGGUGGUCAGUCCAGCAGGGUUACCCGUUCUUUCUGUACAACAGGGAGGGAAGGGGCUGUGGAGCUUUCCCUGCUGGGCUCACCUGCUGCUGCUGCCUCAGUCCUGCCCACCUUGCUCCAGGCUGGAGGCUGUGGGUCCUGCCCAAAGACAAUAUCCCAGUUUCCAGGUGUGGAGCAGGGACUGUGGUCCUGGGGGAGGUUCCAGUUUGGGCAACGGGAUCCAUUACAGUAGACCUGGGUGGCAUUUCUUGGUACCAGAUUUGCCUGUGGAGCUCUGUCUUGCUGCCUGUGGAGACCUCUGAAUGGCUCAGAAAUGACCUGCCAGGGCCUUUUGUUUGGGAGCCUGAGGUCAAGAGCUGGGAGUAUUUGCUCAAAGGAGCUCUAGGCAUGAAGCCUAGAGCCCAUGAGGAAGACUGCGGCAUGGAGGUGGGAGGUCCCCCACUCUACAUGUCAAAGGGCUCCCUGGACAGCAGGGGAGACCUACAGCUCUUCGGUGAGGGGCACACUUGUCCUCCGAGUUUGCACUUUACAGAACCUGCGGAUGAGGGAGGCUUCAGGAGGGAAUGUUUCAGGACAUGCCUUCCUAGUCUUUUGCCCCUGGAAAGUGGGGGCACCUGCAUCAGCCUUUCUUCUCACCUGGACUGUGCCUGGCUAGCACACACAUGGGCUAAGCACAGGGAAUGUAGCUGCUUGGUUGUCUGUCACCCUUAAACAGGAAGCCCAAGAGGAGACACCUCAGCCUGCAGAAAGGUCAGCGAAGCUCACUGGCUCACUUGAGGUGGGUGAAGCUAGUAUCGUCAUUUCCUUGCCCCUCUGCACCAUCUGGAAGGGGAUGGUGUUGUCUUACCCACACAGCAACUUUAGGCAAGGCCCUUGCUGUCUGUUCUGUCUCAGUGUCCCCAUCUGGAACAUGGGGAUAGUGGUGUUGACCUACCUCAGGUGAGAAGGGCACUGUUGAGGUCCCUAAGAGUAAUGUGAGGUUGGCUCCACAUGGGGUCCCUGAGCUGCUUCCCUCUUCCUUGGGGUUGAAGAUGAGGUGAAAGGCCAAGUGCUCUGUCUACACCCCUAAAUACACACAUUUCUCAUGACUGCAUCACAGUUCUGUCAUAUGGACAUUGGCCAUUACAUCUCUUGUGUAAUCAACAUGACGCUAUUCCAGUUACAGAAAAUCUAUGCUGGCAUUUAUUGGACAAAGGGUUGGGCCCUUCUGAAACCUCCUACCCAACAUCUCUUCCCCACCUGCCCCUUCUGGAUGACAAGGUCUUUAAACAGAGUUACGCGUGAGCCUUUCUGCAAGUCCACAGCACAGUAGGAAGAGCCCAGAAACCUGUGUACACAGCCAGCACCUAUGGAAGAGCACACCCAGGGGUGGCCCCACAGCAGGGGACUAGGCUGACCUGAGGGAUGCCCAGUUGUCACAAUGCUGCUGCCACUGUCUCAUUAAAUGUGUGUCCUCUA